AUGAUCCGCCUCACCGACGGUAUCGAGUUUUCUGUACACGGACGACAAGAGCUCGAAGUAGUACACGGAAAUCUCUGGCAAAACCUGUCGGAUCUCCCGUCCACCCGACGAACCAAUGGCUAUCAGAGCCACGCCUCAAAACGCUUCAUGUGUCCCACCUGCUACGCAACAUCGUUCCUGCUUGUUCACCCUUCCGGCUUUGAUCACACCUGCUUCGAAUAUCGCAGCGACUGGAGGCACCUCAAGUACGCUUUCCAUGCACGAAAUGCAGACCCGGUCAGAGCACAGGUCAUACGAGACUGCAGAGGCGUCUUGUGGACUCCCUUGAACUUUCUUCCUGGCUGGAUGCCGGGUGGGAGUGCAGUAGUCGAUGUCAUGCAUUGUUUCUUUCUUGGCUUGGUCAAGCAUGUCACUAAGGUGAUAAUAGUCAAACACGGUUUGCUCAACGCCAGCUCAAGCACCAACCCUAUCGAGUUAUUAGAAGAAUUCUUCGAGGGGAUCACUUGGCCACCUGAAGUUACACGACUACCACCAUCGAUGGCGCACGGGAAAGGAUCUAUCAAAGCAGAUCAAUGGCGCAAUCUGAUCGCCAUCCUCUUUGUGGGAUUGUUCGUAGCAUGGCAGCGACAUGGAACUGACUCAACAAUUCCACCGGACGCGCUCGAUGCAGAGGUCGCAGCUGUUGCCCCUGAUCGCAAUCUCUCUCGGCAUUAUGAUGCAAUCCUUGAGUUCAGUGCUGCUAUUCGUAUUCUAACUACGCGAAGAAUCUCUCCAGCAGAUGCCCGUCGAGGGGGUGCAGCUCUGUCUCGAGCUGCACAGACUUGGGCGUCUAUGCACAUGCCCUUGACACCGUACUUUCACUUCGCUCAGCAUGUAGAGGAACAAAUCUACAAGUACGGUCCCACCUAUGGCUCCUGGACUUACAGCUUUGAGCGCAACAAUGCUGUGUUGGCCCGUUUCAACCACAACCAGCACAAAGGCGGCGAGCUGGAGGCCACCUUGAUGCGUCGAUGGUGGUCCAUCAUGUUCAACUACGAACUUGUACGCAUUUUUGUUCCAUUAUCAGUGGAGUAUUGUGAUCUCGUAGCCUGA